AUGGCACUGUGCUUAGUGCCUGCUUUCCUCAGUCUGAACAUCACCCCCAAGCAAGGACCAAAAAGGCCGUACCCUGAGCAGGGGGCAGAGUUUGGGGUGGAGACGGACAAGGCGACGGUUGGCUUUGAGAGCGUGGACGAUUGUUACUUAGCCAAGAUCCUGGUGCCAGAAGGAACAAGGGAUGUUCCCAUUGGGGCCAUAAUAUGUAUCACAGUUGAAAAGCCUGAAUACAUUGAUGCCUUUAAAAAUUAUACCCUGGAUUCUGCAGCAUCUGCUCCCCCUGCAGCCACAGUGCCUCCCCCUCCCGCUGCAGCGCCCUCACCACCAUCUCAGCCUCCUCCUCAGCCUCCUGGCAGCUCUUACCCGCCUCAUAUGCAGAUCACUCUCCCGGCACUUUCACCUACAAUGACGAUGGGCACAGUGCAGAGGUGGGAGAAGAAGGUUGGGGAGAAACUGAAUGAAGGAGAUUUACUGGCAGAAAUUGAAACAGAUAAAGCUACAAUAGGUUUUGAAGUGCAGGAAGAAGGCUACUUGGCAAAAAUCUUGGUGCCUGAAGGAACAAGGGACGUGCCACUUGGAACAGCACUCUGCAUCAUUGUGGAGAAAGAGUCUGAUAUUCCAGCCUUUGCUGACUACCGAGAGACAGGAGUAGUUGACAUGAAGCCACAAGCUGCUGCUGCUCCUCUUCCUCCUCCGGUGAUGGCAACUCCUGCUGCUGCCACUCCUCCACAGCCUGCUGCCCCUCCUGCUCCAGCGGUCGCAGCAACUGUGCCACUUUCCCAGAAAGGAAGGAUCCUAGUUAGUCCCCUGGCAAAGAAACUGGCAGCAGAAAAAGGAAUUGACCUCGCUCAGGUGAAAGGGACUGGACCAGAUGGAAGAAUCACGAAGAAAGAUGUAGAGUCAUUUGUACCACCAAAAGUUGCCCCAGCCCCGGCGGUUGAGGCAGUACCUGCGGCCGCUGCAGUUGCAGCGGCGCCUGUGGGGACCUUCACAGAUAUCCCUGUCAGCAACAUUCGGAGGGUCAUUGCUCAGCGGCUGAUGCAGUCCAAACAAACAGUACCUCACUACUACCUGUCUAUCGAUGUAAACAUGGGAGAAGUUCUGGUGCUAAGAAAAGAACUCAAUCAGGUGGUCUCAGAUAACAUUAAGCUGUCUGUCAAUGACUUCAUAAUUAAAGCUUCUGCUCUGGCAUGCUUGAAGGUGCCCGAGGCUAAUUCUUCAUGGAUGGACACAGUUAUUAGGCAAAACCAUGUAGUGGAUGUGAGCGUUGCAGUGAGUACCCCUGCAGGGCUUAUAACCCCUAUAGUGUUUAACGCACAUAUAAAAGGUCUGGCUUCCAUUAGCAAGGAUGUUGUCUCUUUGGCAACCAAAGCCCGAGAAGGUAAACUUCAGCCACACGAAUUCCAGGGCGGCACUUUCACAGUUUCCAAUUUAGGAAUGUAUGGGAUUAAGAAUUUCUCUGCCAUAAUCAAUCCACCUCAAGCCUGCAUCCUUGCGGUUGGUUCCUCAGAGAAAAAGCUGGUGCCAGCAGAUAAUGAGAAAGGGUUUGACGUGGCCAGUGUGAUGUCCGUUACGCUUAGCUGUGACCAUCGUGUUGUGGAUGGAGCAGUUGGAGCUCAGUGGCUUGUUGAGUUCAAGAAUUUCCUUGAAAAGCCAGUAACGAUGCUGCUAUAAUCAAACUAUGUAAGCAAAAUCUUCCUGGGUCACACUGUUUUGUUCUAAACAAGCUAUUAGACUUUAGUGUUCAGACUUAAAGUUUCUUUUUUAUUAUUAUUAUUUUAAAUAUGUAUUAUAUUAUCUGGUAAUCUUUUUACCAGUCUGUACAGGUAAAAUAGUUUGC